AUGUCCACCCACACAAAGUACUGGGAAAAUAGGGAAGUCAAGGGUGAUAAAGAUAGAGAAGAUAGAUAUGUGUGCGCCGGGGCCCAUAACCUGUUGAGAGUAUAUAGCGCAGUGAGGGCAAUUUCGUCGCCCUUAUAUACUACAGAAUGUGUUAUUCCAACAGUAUUGGAUCAGACUUGGAUCAAACUUGGAUCACUGCUGCCCCGUCCUAAGUUGAAAAUUCGGAGUCACAUCUUCUCUACCCUCCCCGUGAGCAUAAUAGACGACAAUUCUACUCCAAGAAACGUGGCGAACGGAGAUUAUAAUAUCGCUACGAAUGAUGCCAUUCUUUCGCUGGCCAACUUGUCGUUGACCUCUCUCACAAAAACAAAUGGCAAAACCGCUCCUGCGGCCAUUCACUCUCUACUACCACCAGAAAUAAUGGCCGAGAUAUUCACGACGCGCCGACCUCCCAGAGUAACCUCCCCGCUGGUCUUGGGAAAAGUCUGCGGCGCGUGGCGGGAACUUUGUUGGUCGAUACCAUCCCUUUGGGAAGUCGUCGAUCUUCUCAUCGUACCCGCCAGAUUAGAUGUGCAAAACGAGUUGCUGGAGGAAUGGAUUUCCAGAGCACGCUCGCGGAACCUCCACAUUCAUCUCAACGAGGAAGAGCCACACAGAGGUUGGAAAGAGGCCCCUCCACACAAAAUCAUGCAUACUAUCGCUUCCUUCUCCUGCAAGUGGGAAACGGCGGACAUAUAUCUUCCGGAGGAUAAUUACGCCGAUCUUAUUCCAAUAAAGGACAACCGUCUUCCCGUCCUAAAAUCGCUCUCUAUCUGA